AUGUACACUCUCCAACUGGGAAGCGGGGGGCUGCCAGGAUGUGUGUUCGAGUGCAGCUCGUCUACUUCGUUCAGCCCUUCGUCUACCGCGCCAGCCCCGAACAACGAUAACGGUACCUUGUCGACAGGUGCAAAAGCUGGCAUUGGUGUGGGCGCGGCUAUCGGUGUCAUCGCGCUGGUUGCUAUAGGUAUCUUGAUCGGAAUAAGGACGCAGAAGAAGAAGAAGAAGAAGAAGAAGAAGAAGAAGAAGAAGAAGAAGAAGAAGAAGAAGAAGAAGAAGAAGAAGAAGAAGAAGAAGAAGGAUAUGAGGGAGGAGACGGGGUAUCACGAGCCGGCCAAAGAACUGCCACCAAGUUAUAGAUACGAAGCCCCGGCUAUGGGACCACUAGUGGCACUGGCUGGGGAUCAGAGACAACCACAGGAAGUGCCUGGGGGUAUUCGUCGACCUGUGCUGUAG